AAACACCUAACCACUACUUCGCAUGUGCAGCCGUGUUCUCACGAUUUGCUUCCUAGUGUGAUUUUUGUGGAGUAUAGUCAUCAUGAAGGCUCUUAGAGGAAUGGUGAGCGGGGCCGUGAGCGAAAUAUCGUCUGCUGUUACCGGGAGCAAACACGUCGCCGUUCGGGAAAAUGUGCUCUCCGUCACUCGUGACUACAUUUCUCAGCCGAGAUUAACGUAUAAAACUGUGGCUGGUGUCAAUGGGCCCCUGGUAAUUUUGGAUCAAGUGAAGUUUCCCAGGUAUGCUGAGAUUGUCCACCUGACUCUUCCUGAUGGCACCAAGAGGAGUGGACAAGUGCUGGAGGUCACAGGCUCCAAAGCCGUGGUUCAGGUGUUUGAGGGAACAUCUGGUAUCGAUGCCCAAAAAACCACAUGUGAAUUUACAGGGGACAUUUUGCGAACACCUGUGUCUGAGGAUAUGCUGGGUCGGGUUUUCAAUGGAUCAGGAAAGCCAAUUGAUCGGGGACCUGCAGUGCUGGCUGAGGACUAUUUAGACAUUAUGGGUCAGCCAAUUAAUCCUCAGUGUCGUAUUUAUCCUGAGGAAAUGAUCCAGACUGGCAUCUCUGCCAUUGAUGGCAUGAACAGCAUUGCAAGAGGCCAGAAAAUUCCCAUUUUCUCUGCAGCUGGUCUGCCACACAAUGAGAUUGCUGCACAGAUCUGUCGUCAGGCAGGAUUGGUAAAGAAGUCCAAAGAUGUGAUGGAUUACAGUGAAGAAAACUUUGCCAUUGUGUUUGCUGCCAUGGGGGUCAACAUGGAGACUGCAAGGUUUUUUAAAUCAGAUUUUGAAGAGAACGGGUCCAUGGACAAUGUGUGCCUCUUUUUAAAUUUGGCCAAUGAUCCCACGAUUGAGCGCAUUAUCACCCCUCGCCUUGCGCUCACUGCAGCUGAGUUUCUGGCUUACCAGUGUGAGAAGCAUGUGCUAGUCAUAUUAACUGACAUGAGUUCCUAUGCUGAGGCUUUACGAGAGGUCUCUGCAGCUAGAGAAGAGGUGCCUGGCCGACGUGGUUUCCCAGGCUACAUGUACACCGAUCUGGCCACAAUAUAUGAGCGAGCCGGACGUGUGGAGGGACGAAAUGGCUCCAUCACCCAAAUUCCAAUCCUAACUAUGCCCAAUGAUGAUAUCACCCAUCCUAUUCCGGAUUUAACAGGCUACAUCACUGAGGGUCAAAUUUAUGUGGAUAGACAACUUCAUAACAGACAGAUCUAUCCUCCCAUCAAUGUACUACCUUCUUUGUCUCGACUGAUGAAGUCAGCUAUCGGUGAGGGAAUGACACGCAAAGACCACUCGGAUGUCUCUAAUCAACUGUAUGCUUGUUAUGCCAUCGGGAAAGAUGUGCAGGCAAUGAAGGCUGUGGUUGGCGAGGAAGCAUUGACAGCAGAUGACUUGUUGUACCUGGAGUUCUUACAGAAAUUUGAGAGAAACUUUAUUUCCCAGGGUGCUUAUGAGAACCGAACUGUGUAUGAAACUUUGGACAUUGGAUGGCAGCUUUUGAGAAUCUUUCCCAAGGAGAUGCUGAAGAGGAUUCCUCAGAGUACUCUGGCUGAGUUUUACCCUCGAGACUCCAAACAUUAAUCUUACUUCCUUGCUCAAUCAGUACUUCACUUCAGCCAUGAAUCUGUCUGCUACACUAGAUGUUACUCACUCUAUCUGCUCAAAUCCUAUUGUCUUAGAAGCUGUAUUGAUGGAAUACAAAGCUGUUUUUCAUGGCUUGUUCAUUGCUGCUCUUGGUAUUUAUUUAUUAUGUGAGUGUUGCUUAAUGGUAAAGCAAAUAUUGCGUGAAUAUUGUUGCUACACUGUAGUUGGGAAGAUAUUUGUGUCCAGCUCAAUGUGUUGUGUUUUGAACAAGUGGUGUAUAAUGUUGUACGGGCCAAAGUUUCUCUCAGCCUGCAAAGUUUCUUGGAACAACUGUCAAGACUAUUAGUAUACACCACAAAAAUGCCAGAUUUUUAAUUGUAUCAAAAGUGCCAAGUUGAAGAAUAUAUCAUCUUAAGGUAUUCUAUGAAUUUGUCAUCCUUACAGUCAAUUUACUAUACAGUAUAUAGUACAUAUUGAAGUAAUAAAUAUAUACUUUAUAAUUUGAUUAGAAUGAAAAAAGCCAUAUGUUCAUGGAAUGCAUUCAAAGAGAUAUAAAAGCACAGUGGCCCUAACCUAAUCUUGAAACGAGGAAAAACAUACAUUGAGCAAUAGAUUUUUUAUUUUAUUUUUCAUUUACGAAGAAGGUGCCAUUCAAGUUUGUGAAAGCUAUGAUGUUGGCAUGAAAUUAACUUGCCCUAGUCUGAUUUACAUGAAAAUAAAUGUGUCAUUGUUUAUGGUUGUGUAAACAUAUUUAUUGUAUUUAUUUUGGUGCCAUGUAUAUAUGUACUGUGGUAAAAUGUGUCAUAUCUUAAGAAAUUGUGACUUUAUGCAUGAAAGCUAUAUUGGAAAUGUGUUUGUGAGCAUUUGCUUCAUGAAAUAAACUUUAAUGUGAUAUACA